CAUUGAUUGAUCUCCACUACACUCCCCGCUGACCAGAGAAAACACAGCGAAUGCGAGAGGGGAUUUAAAUUGGAGAAAUAUUGUCCACCUUACUUGACGGAUAAGGUAGCUAUCUGCUUUCUCAUGCGGUCUGAAAUAACCCGCUUGUAGCGCUGUUUAACGACCAGCCUAACAUCGAUAUAGAGCGGCGUUAGCUAGCUUGUAAUGUCGGCACUGUUGGACUUGUUUUCCCCUCUAGACCCCGCUUCCUUUUAGCCUCGGGCUAGCUGGAAAAUCGAAAUUAUGCUAAUGAACGAGCAGGUAUAGUUUGCCAGCACUGAGGGGUGUAACUUAACUACUCACGGUGGGCUACCCGUUGCAGUUUAGUUGUAAUUUAUUCACGAACCUAUGCUAAUAACUUUGUUUCACAGCCAGCUAUCGGGGCGGCUGGUUUCCUUUAGUUUGCUAACGCUCGACAGCUAGCCAUCUUGCUCGUGUUGAAGGAUUUAAGUAUUAAACUUGGCUAGCUUUUGGUGGCAGGGAUAUUAACUUCAGUUGCAGUUGCUUGUUAAUGUACGCGUCGGCAAUGGACUCACUCGUUUAGGACCCAACUGCUUGCGACCAAAGCUCAUAAAAAUACUUUAUUUUACGCCUCUGUGAAAAGACAAUAGAGAACCUGAGACUUGCUCAGCUGUUGUUCUGGUAACGACGAAAACCACUGAUAACUAAACUGUAUUUUGAUCAUUGUUUUGUUCCAUCGUAAGCUGAUUUAACUAGAAUAUUUUUAAUACUUACGCACGCUCGUAAGUGGUUAAAUAAAUAAGCGGCUUGCGUUAAGUUGACCCGCACAGAUAGCAAAGAGGGGACAGUGGAUGGAGUCGAUGCAGAUGUUGCUUGUGCGACAUAUGAAGGCUGUGCUUCCCUGAACCCGCUGCUUCCAGGUAUCCCACCUCAUUAUUUUAAAACAUCAGCUGUAAAUGUCUCAGAAAACACUCGCAGUAGCCGGUCGUCAUCGGAGGUAACUAGGUGGAUAGAGAGACGCGGAGAAGCGGUCUGAAGAGGAAGGCUACUGCCCGUUUCUGGACGUCCAUCUCUCCAGCCUACCUUCAUCACGUCCAUCCACCGCCGCCCUCCUCUUCCUCCACCUCCUCCUCCUCCUCCUCCCCAGCCAUGGACCCCCCGAGGACUCGGUCGCGGUCUCGGUCCGGCUUCUAUCAUUUCGGCAUGAACGGCAGCGUUGGAAGCAACGGCAGUGGCAACGCGGUCGGUAACGGGAGCUUGAUGAAUGCCAGCGGAGGAGGGGUGAGCUACCCGCAGCAGAGCAACCCUGGCUGGGCGCAGCACCACGGUGGUCGCAGCUACCCGGAGAGCCAGCAGCAGCACACCCAGGGGAGCUACCUGUCCGCAGGGGCGCAGCGCCACUCUUCGCACGGAGCUCACAGACACCCUGGGGCCGGAGGAGUGCUACAUUUUCAUCCAGAUAAUGUGUGCAGCGAGGAUCGGGACAAAAUGGAAGACAGCCCAAGCCCCAAAAGGCAGCGUCUUUCCCAGCAGUCCAUGUUGGAUCUGAGCUCCGCCCCCCCCUCUACUCCUUCCUCUCCCAUUCGCCCCUGGGAGCUGCCUCCCAGUCGCAGACCACACCCCCACUACAUGCCAGAGAGAUGCCACACACCUGUUCGCAACCGACGCAGCCCUCCAAUGAGACGCCAGCGAGGCCGGAGAGACCGUCUGACCCGCCACCACCACCACGCCCACAACAACCACCACCACUACAACAGCAACAACAACAACCACCACCACCACCAUCACCACCCAAACGCCCACCAUCAUCACCACCACCACCUGCACUCCCACCACGGCCCUUCGCCAGGCCACCAGGACGAAAACUACCGUCAUCCGGCGCCUCCUCAGGGCUACCCACCCUACAGCCAGCAACCGCCCAGAGGUCCCGGGCCUGGGCCCGGACCAGAAGAACGCCCAGGUUACCAUCCCCCAAACCCCUCCCCGAGGCCCCUCCACCAGUCACCAAACCUGUCUCCCAGGCUGCUGCACCCUGCAGCCCACCCACAGCACCCUCACCCUCACCCUCACCCAUCCCAGCAACAGAGCAGUGUGGUGCUGGACCUCCAUGAGCAGGGUUCAGCUCCAGUAUCGUAUCCCGUGUCUCCUCCGGGAGCGCCACCCGGCCUGCCGCCUCGAUCUGCCCCUCAACAGAUCCCAGCAUGCUCGGUGGUUUUCAGUGGACAGCACUAUCCCGUCUGCAGCGUCCCUCCUCCUGUCCUUCAGACUUGUUCUGUGCAGCAUUUACCGAUGCCCUAUCCCUUCCCAUCGUUGCUGUCCAGUGACCCAGCCUUCCUGCUUCCCCCUCCACACCUCCCCCAUCCCCCAACACAUCUCUCCCACCACCCACCUCACCUGCCCCAGCCUGGACAGUUUGGACCCUAUCCGACACAGCAGGCACGAUCGCCGUUACAGAGGAUAGAGAAUGAUGUGGAGCUGCUUGGAGAGCACCUGUCUUUGGGUGCAGGGCUCCACUAUCCCCCCGCCACCCACCCAGCCCUCACUCCACACUCCACACAGCUUCACUUCCUCUCCCAUGACCCCCUAGCCCAGGAGUUCUUUGGCGUGUCCUAUCCAAACUUCAUUCCUCGGCGUCUCCCGGGGCGACGGUACCGCUCGCAACAGCCACUGCCACCUUCGCCUUACCACCCCAGCCUCCUGCCUUACUUCCUUUCAAUGCUGCCAGUCCAGCCCACAGGUCCUGCGAUCAGCCUAGAGCUGGAUGUAGACGAUGGAGAGGUGGAAAAUUAUGAGGCCCUCCUGAACCUCGCUGAGCGUCUGGGAGAGGCCAAACUCCGAGGACUGACCAAGGGAGACAUUGAACAGCUUCCCUCCUAUCGGUUCAAUCCAAAUAAUCAUCAGUCUGAGCAAACACUGUGUGUGGUGUGUAUGAGUGAUUUUGAGUCCCGCCAGCUGCUGCGAGUCCUGCCCUGCAGCCACGAGUUCCACGGGAAAUGUGUCGACAAGUGGCUGAGGGCCAACAGGACGUGUCCCAUUUGUCGGGCAGACGCCUCGGAAGUCCAGAGAGACUCAGAGUGACCACAUGAGGGAGCCAGACACUCCUCAAUGUCUGUGCGACAUGUUCAGCACUGCCUGCUCCUGAUAUAAUGAUACACCUGCGUGCUAGUACACACACACACACACACACACACACACACACACACAUAUACCAUUUCCUUUCCUUUUUUGUGCAGCACCGUCUCCUCCUUUUUCAGUUGUUCAGUUUUUUCAGUUUCAGUCAUUUUCCCUCCUUUUUGUCUUUCCUGCACACGUACAUGCACGCUUGUCGUCACAUCUUUAAGUGAAUGACCCACCAUCCUGCAAUGGUGUGUGUGUGUGUGUGUUUGUGCGCGCACACACAAGUGUUGUUUGGUCAGCCCUAUAAUGCUGGGCUGUGGUACAUGACUGUGUAUGUGUGUGUGUGUGUGUGUGUGUGUGAGAGAGAGAGAGAGAGAGAGAGAGAGAGA